AUGGAUAUGCUUCAGAUUAAGAAUGAAUGUGUGGCUUCAAGUUCUUUACCUUGGAUUAUCAUGGAUGUGGGCCUAAGGUCGGCCCAUAGUAUAAAACCCUUCAGAUUGCCCUUAUUUCCACUCUCACUCUCACUCUCGCAGAAACGCAGCAGCCGUCACCCCUUGCCCUCACGAAAAGCUCUGCUAGGGUUUGCCCUAAGGUCCCCUUCACCCAAGCUCAAACUCAGUUCCCACUCCAUUCCGCAAGUUCAGCGCGCGAGCUGCCGUACUCCGAGGUCCCGUGUCGAGGUUCCGUUAACCCUUUUCCAGAUGGGCGAAGUUCUCGUGGUCAGCAAGGGAACGGUGAUCCAGCAGCUUAGCCAUCUGGGCUAGAUUCUCA